CAACAGCACACAAAUUUGCGAGCGCAGUAGGACCAAAGCAUUUUCCCUUCUGCAGUAGUGUACACUGCUGCAGCAGAGGAGAGCGCAGCAAUACUGGUAAAGCAUUGGAAGUGGAGUGAAAGCCAAUAAAAGAACCAUCUUUCUCUUUCUCUUUCUCUUUCUCUUUCCCUCUCUCUCUCUCUCUCUCUCUCUCUCUCUCUCUCUCUCUCUCUCACACACACACAUCAGGUAAUAAUUUAAAAAAAAAAAGAAAAAAAACCACAGCGACUUCCCUGUCGCAGCUUCUGCUUCCGUGGAAGCAAUUCUCCGGCCCACAACCCGGAAAAACCUUUGCGUGCCGAAUUUCCCUAGAAACUAUAGAGCAUAUUACGACUCCUCCGCGCCUUCUCCUCUCACUCUCCUCCUUUACUCGUUUGUUAGUACAUGAGGAGGAGGAGGAGGGGGGAGGGGAAUUGGAGGAGUAGUAGUGGGAGGAGGAGCGGUGGAGAGGAGGAGGAGGAGCGGCGGCGGGAGGCUAAACCUGGGAAAGGCGGGGGAGCUGUUGGGGUUGCUGGAUUGCAUAAAUGAGGCUGCAGCGGCGAUCGCGGCGGCGGCGGCGUGCUCUUCUUCUGCGUUCUGGGCGGCGGGGAUGAGCGACUCGGCGUACCGCGUGGACACGACGCCGCGGCUCGCGCAAUGGCGCAUCGACACCCUCUCCUCCUGCACCUACCGCAAAUCCGACCCCUUCAAGAUCGGACUCUGGAACUGGUACCUCACUGUGGAGAGAAAUAAGCAGCUGUAUGUGAAGCUCUACCCAGAAGUCUCAACUGCAACAAGGGAGCAACCCCCUAUAGCUUCCUUCGUCAUCAAGCUCGUCUCCUCCGCCUCUCCGAAUCGCAAAACCCUAGUCCAUCCAGGAGUUUGCGACAAGCAGCUAAAGAACAACGACGAUUUUGUAUGGGCCGUUGAUACCCUUCUCACUGGCAGAUUCGUAAUUGACGUCGAGUUUCUCGACUUAAAGAUUGCGCCGCCAACUGGCGGAGAACCGAUCUCCAUCUGGACUGGUUACCACAUCGAGAAGCACUCCAAAUCGACCGCCCUAUCUGCCCUAGGCCGGAUGCUCACAGAAGCCAUCCACACCGACAUCACGAUCAAUGCCGCUGACGGAAGCAUCGCGGCCCACCGUGCCGUCCUCGCCUCGAGAUCCCCAGUCUUCCGGAGCAUGUUCUCGCACAACCUCAAAGAAAAGGAGCUGUCCACUGUCAACAUCUCCGACAUGUCCUUCGACGCCUGCCAGGCAUUCCUAAACUACAUAUACGGAAACUUUAAGCCCGACGAAUUCCUCACUCACCGCCUCGCCCUUCUCCGCGCCGCCGAUAAGUACGACAUCUCGGACCUCAAAGAGGCGUGCCACGAGAGCCUUCUCGAAGAUAUCGACACGAAGAAUGUGCUCGAGAGGCUUCAAACUGCGUAUCUUUACCAUCUACCAAAGCUGAAGAGCAGCUGCAUGAGGUUCCUGGUGCACUUCGGAAAGAUAUACGAAAUCCGCGAUGAUUUCAAUGCAUUUCUUCUUAAUGGUGAUAGAGAGCUCAUUGCAGAGAUCUUUCACGAGGUUCUCGCCGCGUGGAAGGGUCUCUAGGAAAGCGCCGAGAAGAAGAUAAAAUUUGUCGUUUGAUACUUUACUUUUGAGUUAUAGUUUGUGUGGAUUGUGGAUGCAUAAAUGGGUUAAAUGGGUUAAUCGGAAAAGAUAAUGUACAGGAUAUAUAUUGGUUCCAUUAAAAGUGUGUAUUCUUCAGACUAAGAAGCAUAUGUAUAAAUUUGAUUGGAAGGAACAAUUCAUUGAAUAUAUAGUAGAAAAGAUCAUUGUUUCUUGU